AUGUGCCAGAGGCACAUACGUGCACUUGCAUGUGCACACACGCACAUCACGCAGGCACAUGGCCAUGGCCACGGCCACUGCCGAGGCCAGCACGGGAGCUACCAGGGAAGGGCGCGGGCGCGAGGGGGGAAGCGGAACGGCGGGCGGCGGCGGCCGGAGGCGGCUGGAGACGGCUCGCUCGGAAGUGGCGUGAGCAGGCAACGACGGCAGCAGCAACAGGCAGCGCGCGGGGCUGCGGCGAGGCCAGGGAGUCGAGUGGCGCGCGCGGUCGUGGGCAGAGGCGGCCGGCGGCGGCAGCGCGGCGCAGGCGGGGGCACGCGCCGGGGCGCGGUGGGGAGACUCGGCGGCCGCGGCGCAGCAGGGGAAGCAGGGCGGAGCGCGACAGGAGGGUGGGGAGGCACGGCCACGAGCGCGAUGGCCGGGAGCUGGGGCGCGACGGUGACGAUGGCCUAA